UCUGCCUGGACCUUCGCUUUAUUUUCUACAUGCUUUGUCAACAAGAAGGAAGUUGUUGGUUUUCUUUCCUGGCUACUUCUUGCUUACAUCUCUCUAACUUACGGAACAAUUUGCUGCCAUGCCUGAGGAAACUGAAGCGAAUAAACUUCUGAAGACAUUCUUUUCGUCUGGCAGCUGUGUGUCUAGGUAAACUGGCAUCAUGACUACCUCCAGCAAAAAGACUCUGUCGGUGGUCAACUCGUUGGCCAAGAUAUUUGAUCCGAAUGCUUUACAAAAUCAGCACCCUUUUACAGAAGAAGAGACCUUACAAGCUGCCCAUUCCACAGACAACAAUAUUGGCUGCCUUGAACAUAUGAGCGGGUCGGAUAUGAAGUUUGUUUCCUUGGAUCAGAAAAUAGACAAGAUCCUGACUGUGCAAGACUGUGUUCUCCAGAAGCUGGACUGCGUCUCUCAGGAAAUCUCCUGCAUGGACAAGGAGAUUGAGAAGCUGAAGGGGGAAAGAAGAGGCUCUGGACCAUCCUUUACAACAUCCAAAAAUCCAAGCAGUUUCGACGUGAAGAUGUUGUGCGCAGAAAUUAACAAUAAACUGGAAGGUAUGACCAAGAAUGCCGAACAGCAAGCGGAAAAGUUAGAUGGGCUAGAACAAGUAGUCCUGGGAGUACAGCAGCUUCUUGGCUCUUUGGUAGAGAAGCUGAAGAUGUCUAAACUCAGCCGUCUAAUGCAUCGGGAUGAGAUUCCUCGUAACCUCCUGAGAGUAGGUGGCUACUUGAGGAAAGAUAAAUCAAGCAAUCUCUUCAGGAUGCAGGCCUUUUCAGACAAAAGGGACACUUCGUUCCGAAAAAGAAACGACAAGGAGAAGUCACAUUUAACUACAAAGGGAUCAAAAUCGAUGAAAAAGAAGAAACCACCUGAUUCCUCAGAGGAAUCCGAUGAGAAGACUCACACAGAAAAGGUUCAUAAACUCAACAAGGAGAAUACAACCACUGUUUUUGGUCAAAGAGGUGCCUCUAUAUCUUAUGAUCAUGGAUCAGUGCAGGAUGCAGACGAAAUCAAUAGCAGUGUCUGGAAAAGCACUCUUCAGAAGACAGCAGAGAAAAGCCAGGGGAAAGCAAAUGCAGCGGGUGGUGCUAGUAAAAAACCCAGUGGUUGUGACAUUAAGGGGGGCUCACUCAGAUUUGUAACAGAGCAGGAGGUGCCUGAAGCAAGUCAGAGGAAAGGAGAAGAGGAGGUUGAAAGAAGAGAGUCUCACAGUGCCGAUGAGAGGAAAGGACCAGAAACCGCAUCCUGUAGUGGAGAUACAGCAGAAGAUCGUGAGGACCCAUCAGAAACCCAGGGUCAAUGUGUCAGGCAUAAAGAGAGUGAAAAAUCAUCACCGUCGUCUCUGAAGGAUGACCAGAAUGCCAGCAGUAAGCACAGCGUGACUGAGGAAGGGCUGACGAAAGACGGCAAUAAAAAGAGCAGGGUAGAUCCGACGGCCACGUUAGAAAAAGCGGAAGAAUCCGAUUCAGCUGCCAACGAGAGUGAAAAUAACCAGGAGCCUUCUAUAGGAGACACUGAUUCUCUAAUUGAUGAUUACCCACCUCCUCCAGCCCCCUUUGAUCACCGAAUCGUCUCAGCCAAAAGGGCAGGCAUCGGAAGCUUUUAUCAUGUCCACAAGGGUGAUCUUUUGGGAGGUGGACGAUUUGGACAGGUGCAUAAAUGUGAAGAAAAAUCAACAGGUCUCAAAUUAGCUGCCAAAAUUAUAAAAGUCAGAGGUAUGAAGGAAAAAGAUGAAGUCAAGAACGAAAUCAAUGUCAUGAACCAGCUGAACCAUGUGAACCUCAUUCAGCUGUAUGAUGCGUUUGAAUCCAAAAAUGAUAUUGUUCUCGUCAUGGAAUAUGUGGAGGGAGGAGAACUGUUUGAUCGAAUUAUCGAUGAGACCUGCAACUUGUCAGAGAUGGAUACCAUCUUGUUCAUAAAGCAGAUUUGUGAAGGGAUUCAGUACAUGCAUCAGAUGUAUAUUCUUCAUUUAGAUCUGAAGCCUGAAAAUAUCCUCUGUGUGAAUCGAGAGGCUAACAAAAUAAAGAUUAUUGACUUUGGGCUGGCGAGGAGAUACAAGCCAAGGGAGAAGCUUAAGGUCAACUUUGGCACCCCAGAAUUCCUCGCUCCUGAAGUGGUGAACUAUGACUUUGUCUCGUUUCCGACUGACAUGUGGAGCAUAGGAGUCAUCGCCUACAUGUUGCUCAGUGGAUUGUCUCCUUUUCUGGGGGAAGACGACAAUGAGACGCUAAACAGCAUCCUGGCUUGUAGAUAUGACUUUGAAGAUGAAGAAUUUCAAAAUGUGUCAGAGGAAGCCAAAGACUUCAUCACUAAGCUUCUCAUCAAGGAAAAAGGCUGGAGGAUAAGUGCAACCGCAGCCUUAAAACAUCCCUGGCUGUCUGACCAAAGCCUCCAUAACAGACUCCAAGCUCAGAAGAAAGCUGAAGGUGCCUCUGGAUCUCAAGAACCUGAGACUCCAUAACCUCUCUGAAAAAUCAAAGAAAAGACACUGUGUGGUGGCUGCUGCUAUGGUGUUUAGAAAUUCAAAAUCAGCAGCUCUGGUUCUUUGACCGCCCCCUGCAUGGUGACUUGAAGGUUUUGCCUAAUGGACCAACCACCUCUUUGGCUGCAGGACUCGGUUCCGGCAGUUAUCAAGCUGCUUUCCUACCCCACUCUUCUUUUCUGUUUCCAACAGCUGCUGAAGUUUCCAAGAUGGUGGUGCUGUUGGGAGGCUAUGUAGAUCUGGGGUUCUGAUUUUUGCUCGUAUUCAGUGCAACUUCUUUCUGUUGACAAACUCUCUUAAAGCUCAGCAAACAGAGGCCGCACUCGAUUUGGAGACGGCUGCUCUGAAGAACACGCUGGUAGCAAACUGAAGAAUUGGGUGAGGAUCGAUUUGAAGCUCAGCCGACCUCUUAUGCAAUCGGAAAUGGUGUGGAUAUAAUAUGAAUCAGAAAAGGACUUUUAGGGCACCCCGAAAUAUCAUUUUGAACAUAUUUAACACAAUACAUUCAUUUACUGUUUUAGUUUGGCUGGUUAGCUUGGGCCAGUAGCAAUUUGCAAGGAAGGAUUCUGAAUGCAAGGAAGCAUUCCCCCCCCCCCCCACAUUUUGUUAUCUUUGUGCCCCUGAAUCUUUACAUAUAAGUCUAAUUUAAGGCAUCCCAGUAUAUGUGUGUGUGUGUGUGUGUUUGUAUAGCUAGAUUGAGAGAGAAUGUAGCAGACAGUGAAAAAGAACUGGUUCUGUUUAAGAAUUUAAGAGCUAUAAUACAAUCCUUAUUUUUAGAUAACUGAAGCGGUAUCAUAGCUUAGCUUCGUUCAGGUGUCAUGGUUAACCAGGGUUUGUUUAAACCAUAGUUUAUUGAAUUAACCACAGUUAGUGCAGAAGACAGUCGAAACUAAAUGGCGUCUGCUUGGACGUCCCAGUUCGUGGACUGGCAGUUGGAGGUGACUGCAACAGGAGCAGCAAGGGUUAUUUGACGUCUCUGCAUAUUUGGGGACAGUGCUUCCAAACAAGUCAGGAUUCCUGUAUUUGGCUUUACCAACUAAGUGCCAUACUACAAGUGAUGGAAGCCACGGGUCCAUCCUGUGACCACCAACACCAUUUUAAAAGCAUUUGUAGUUCUUUAAAAAUUGCCAUGAGUCCCCAAUCUAGAUUGGGCACGUGGUGCGGUGGCCCCAAAAGUUUCCCCCACACACACAUAUUUUCAAGUGUCAAAACAGCCAUGGGGGGCUGUUUCUGCCCCUGAAGAGACACGGGGGGGGGAACGAGAGCUCCUGGGGGGUGUCACACCAUUUGCCUGAUCUGGGUUGCGGUCUCACAGCACUUUUUAAAGAACUGCAAAAUGCUUCUAAGGUGGCAUUGGCGGCCACGGGAUGGACCCCUGGCCACCGUCACUUGUAGUUUGGCUCAAGGAGAGUUACUACAAACCAAGUCAGAAUGUGGUUUUGUUGAAGAAUCCUUAGGAAUGCCAAGCCACUGGCCAGCAUCUCCCGGAGUUGUCUUUGCAGGGCCCAAGCUGGAUAUGACCCCUGAUGACAUCUGAAAUCAUAUCCAUCCAUCAUCUCCAUCUGGAGGUGAUGUAAGUGCAUUAGGCAAUGAUCUGGCCAGAGCAGCACGCUUUCAUGCUGAUGUGAAGUCAAGCAUCACCAGACAUCAUUUACAACCCAGGCCUUUUCUCCCACUGCUCAGAGGACCAAAGGCAAGAGGGAGGGCCCAACUAACAAAAGUCCGCCUAUUGUAAAUCGGCAAAAAAA